AUGGAAGUUGCAAUGGCUGAAACACCAACACUACCAUGGUCGGCGUUCUUCGACCCCGAUCACACCGCCUUGGCUAGAAAGAGAAGAACGACCGAAGAUGAACUGGAUGGUGAUGAUGAUGAUGAUGCAAGGCAUGGUAUGAAGUUUGCUAACGAGCUGAGGCACCGUGACGCUUGGUACAAGAAAAGGCUCAACGACGGGGAUGUUAGCAAAAGCCGGGAUAUGCUGCCGGUGAGCAAAAGCUGGGUGGUUGAUCAGGUCUUGCCUUUCUUGGACGAGAGCGCCGCCGAGAGAAUCAAGCGUGGACAGAGUGAGAGAGUUAUUGUGAAGGACUGUGAGCUAGACACAUUCCAUGUGUUGUACUUGAAGAAACAGAAAACGGGGAGGUUCGUCUUCGUUGGGAGGUGGAGAGAUGACUUUGUGAUUCGGAGAAAUUUGAAGGAGGGUGAUAAUAUUGGUCUGUGUUGGCAGCAAGAGGAAUCCAUGUUUAGUUUUACUGCUUUUUAUCGGAAAUAA